AUGCUCAAUGACCUUACAAGAAAACCAUUCCCUUACCUUGGACUCGGUCUUUUAUUCUUCCUCAGGGUACCUUCCUUAAACAACCACUCCUUCACACGGCGCCUUCUUCAGUCUUUUAUUCUUCCUCAGAGUACUUUCCUUAAUCAACCACUCCUUCACACGGCACCUUUUAUUCUUCCUCAGGUACUCCUUCUCUUCUUCAGUCUUUUAUUCUUCCCUCCCUUAAUCAACCACUUCUUCACGGCACCUUCUUCAGUCUUUUAUUUUCCUCAUGGCACCUUCCUUAAUCAACCACUUCUUCACACAGCGCCUUCUUCAGUCUUUUAUUCUUCCUCAGGUCAACCACUUCUUUUCACGGUAUAUUCCUUAGUCUUUUAUUCAUUCUCAGUGCACCUUCCUAAGUUAACCACUCCUUUUCUCGUCGCCUUCCUCAGUAUUUUUCUUCCUCAGGGCACCUUCCUUAAUCAACCACUCCUUCACACGGCGCCUUCUUCAGUCUUUUAUUCUUCCUCAGGUCUUUUAUUUUUCCUCAGGGUACCUUCCUUAAUCAACCACUCCUUCACACGGCGCCUUCUUCAGUCUUUUAUUCUUCCUCAGAGUACUUUCCUUAAUCAACCACUCCUUCACACGGCGCCUUCUUCAGUCUUUUAUUCUUCCUCAGAUCUUUUAUUCUUCCUCAUGGCACCUUCCUUAAUCAACCACUCCUUCACACGGCGCCUUCUUCAGUCUUUUAUUUUUCCUCAACCUUCCUUGAACAACUCUCCUUCUCACGGCACCUUCUUCAGUCUUUUAUUCUUCCUCAUGGCACCUUCCUUAAUCAACCACUCCUUCACACGGCGCCUUCUUCAGUCUUUUAUUCUUCCUCAGGGUACCUUCCUUAAUCAACCACGUUUUCACACGGCGCUUUCUUUAGUCUUUUAUUCUUUUUCAGGUAUUUUUCUUCCUCUGGGCACCUUCCUUAAUCAACCACUCCUUCCCACAGCGCUUUCUUCAUUCUUUUAUUCUUUUUCAGGGUACCAACUCAGUCAACCACUCCUUUUCACGGUGGCACCUUCCUUAAUCAAUAGCACCUUCACACGGCGCCUUCUUCAGUCUUUUUUCUUCCUCAGGGUACCUUCCUUAAUCAGCCACUCCUUCACAUGGCGCCUUCUUCAGUCUUUUAUUCUUCUUCAGGGCACCUUUCGUAGUCAACCACUCCUUUUCAUGGCGUCUUCUUCAUUAACCACUCUUUCUCAUGGCGCCUUCUUCAGUUUUUUUUAUUUUUCUUCAGGGCAACUUUUAGUUAACCACUCUUUCUCAUGGCGAAUUCCACAGUCUUUUAUUCUUCCUCAGGGUACCUUCCUUAAUCAACCACUCCUUCAAACGGCGCCUUCUUCAGUCUUUUAUUCUUCUUCAGGCAUCUUUUCAGUAAUCCUCCCCGUCUCAACGCGCCUUGUUUACUCAAACUCUCUUUCUCCGUGGUUACUCCUCCUUCAGUCAUUCUGUCUCAUGGCGCUCUCUACCUCUCCUUCUUACAGCGCCUUCUCUCCUCUUUCUUUCUCACGGUACUUCCUUAGUCAGCCACUUUUUCUCACCGUGCCUUCCUCACUCUUUUUUCUUUCUCACGGCUCCUUUUGA